CGGUCUUUCUCCUUGUCAGUCACCGGGCUCUAGCAGUCGUGUCACUUCCUCCUGUUGAGUUUUUUGUUAGUUACAAUGAAACAGAGUAGAUGCCAGUGAUGCUGGAGAUGCGGGGUUUCUAGCGAAUACGGUAGGAGAUGCUGGGGGACACACAUGAUCAAUGAUGGAUCAGAGCGCGGAGACUAUUGAUCAAUUGGUGUCUUUCCAGCAUAUCCAGGUCCAGUUACAAGGAGGGGCUCCUUGGGGGUUCACUUUGAAAGGGGGUCUGGAGCAUGGGGAACCGCUCAUCGUAUCGAAGAUUGAGGAUGGAGGGAAGGCUGCCUUGUCAAAGAAGCUGGGAGUCGGGGACGAGCUGGUGAGCAUCAACGGCUCUGCACUGUACGGCUCGAGACAGGAAGCCCUCGUUCUCAUCAAGGGAUCCUACAGGAUUCUCAAGAUGGUGGUCCGCAGGAGGAAUGUUCCAGUGAUCAGGCCUCACUCAUGGCACCUGGCCAAGCUCUCCGAACAUCAGCCUGACAGCGCUGCCAUGCAGUUUCACCCGGGCUCCUUCAGCUUGUCCUGGCACUCUGGGUGUGAAUCUAGUGAUCUUUCAAUGCAGUGGAACCAGCUUUCUCGACAUUGCAGUACAGACCAAAGCAGCUCCAUCGGCAGUAUGGAAAGCCUGGACCCACCCAGCCAGGGCUACUACGAGGGCCAACUUUCUCCUGUCGACCAGUCCGUCUUCCACAACAAGAGGGACUCUGCCUACAGCUCCUUUUCUGCCAGCUCCAACACCUCAGACUACACUGUCUCUCUGAAGCCUGAUGAGGCCAGCUCCAUGGACAACCUGCAUGGGCUGGGGCCUUGCAGGUACGCUGAAGGGAGAUGCGUUCCCGGUGUCAUUGAGUCUGGUGGACUAUCAGAAGACGGUAAGCCCUGUUGCUUAAGCCAGCACUCGGAGGUAAAGGGGCGUCCGUCCUCUUACAGUUACAGUGAAGACAGCAGCAGCAGUGCUUCAAAAGGUCCUCCUCCACCUCCUAUCCGCCUGGAGAGUUUCAAAGCCACCAGAACUGGACCUGGAUCUGCGGACAAGCGUAGAGCCUCUGAUCCUGUGCACAUGUUGAGUCAGUCCGGUAAUUGGACCUCCGAUACCCUGCUGUCCAACAAGCCAAACUGCAAUCCAGGCUGUUCAAAAGAUGCUAGAAAUCUCCAACAAAACAGUGCUGUUGACCAGUACUACAUGCUGAGCUCACAACUGGAUCAGUGCAAGAGCUGCAGCCCAGAGGCCAUUCCAAAUGAAGGUUACCUUAAUCAGCAUAGCACAGAUGCCUCAAGGCAAAAGAACUGUAGCCCCUGUGUGCCUGAAGAGUUUGGGUGCCUUGGCGGAAAGAGUGAGGCUGUGGGAAAGGAGCUGUCCUCAGAUGGUCCUCUUGUGUCUACGUGUCUUAAGAAAGAGCAUUUGAUGGGACAUCAUGGGCACAGACACAGUGCACCUGAAAAGCUCUUGUCAUCACAGUUGCAAUCUCUUGACCUCUCAGGCCAUCGAGACAGUAAUUUAGAAAAGCCAGCUCUUCAUCAUCCAUACGUGUGGAAAGGGUCCCCUUUGCAUCCCCAAGAAGAAGAGAACCUGACAAGCAAAGAAUUCCCUCACUCUGCAACCAAAGGCUAUAAUGCCGAGUGGGCAGAAAGCCGGUGCUCCACACCUGGAUCAGUCACAGCUUCAGAAAUUGUGGAGCCCAGAGCAGAAGCUGACACCAUAGAUGGUCAUUUGGAUGUUGGAAGCUGCAACAAUCGAACCUGGGGAAGGUGUUUUAGUGUUCCUGGUGAGAUGCCAAAGCCUGUGCCAGAAACCCUUGACCUCAAAAACACAGGCUUGACUUCAGCUUCCAGGGUAGACACACUACUGGGGGAAGCCAGGACAUAUGAGAAAAGCAAGCCUGAGGUCGCUGCUAAGCCAGCAGUUUCUCGGCAGCACAGGUCUUCCAAAGCCAGGCGUAGAAGUGAACGGUUUGCCACCAACUUGCGCAACGAGAUCCAGCGAAAGAAGGCACAACUGCAGAAAAGCAGAGGCUCCUCGACCCUUCUGUAUGGAGAAGAAACAGUGGAGGAGGUGAACGAGCAACCGGAAUAUGAUUCACCUUGUAGUGACAGCUCACCCUCUUCACAAGGGAGGGAAUCGAAAUUAAAUAAAACCACUAGCCCUGCUGAGGUGCACAUUAGCCGACCUGAUGCCAGAAGCCAAGAGGCUAUUUUACAUGAGACCAGGAGCUCUCCUUGGCAUCAGAAAGUACAUCAGAAUACCAGCUGCAGAAGUCCUUCUCCACAGCAGAAAGGUCCUCAGAAUAUCAGCUGCAGAAGUCCUUCUCCACAGCAGACCGGUCCACAGAAUAUCAGCUGCAGAGGUCCUUCUCCACAGUUGAAAUUACCACAGAAUACCAGCUGCAGAAGUCCUUCUCCACAGCAGAUAGGUCCACAGAAUAUCAGCUGCAGAGGUCCUUCUCCACAGUUGAAAUUACCACAGAAUACCAGCUGCAGAAGUCCUUCUCCACAGCAGAAAGUACAUCAGAAUACCAGCUGCAGAAGUCCUUCUCCACAGCAGAAAGGUCCACAGAAUAUCAGCUACAGAAGUCCUUCUCCACAGCAGACAGGUCCACAGAAUGUUAGAUGCAGAAGUCCUUCUCCACAGCAGACAGGUCCACAGAAUAUCAGAUGCAGAAGUCCUUCUCCACAGCAGACAGGUCCACAGAAUGUUAGAUGCAGAAGUCCUUCUCCACAGCAGACAGGUCCACAGAAUAUCAGCUGCAGAAGUCCUUCUCCACAGCAGACAGGUCCACAGAAUGUUAGAUGCAGAAGUCCUCCACAGCUGAAAUUACCACAGAAUAGCAGAUGCAGGAGUCCUCCCCUACAGCAGACAGGUCCACAGAACUUUGGCAGCAGGUUUAGAGAAACCACACAUCGUACUCCUUCCCCAGAAAUUUCAGAGAAGAAAGAAGACCAGACCCACGGUAGAGGUGGAAGAUGGAAGUGGACACCUGAGCACAAGCUACAACCUCAGGUGAAACCAGAGAAGGAAAACCACAGUAGGACCUCAGACAUGGUGAGACCUUCCAAGCCAGCUCCAACCCUGGCUUCCAAAGAGAGCGAUAUCCUGCCCUUUGCAGACAGAAGGAAGUUCUUUGAGGAGACAAGCAAGAGCCUUUCUUCAUCUUAUCUACCAAACCUUCCGGUCAGGCGCAAUAAGUCUGAUCUAAGUGGGAAAUACCUGGAAAAACCUAACUGCAAUCCUAACCACUCAUAUUGUCCAGGAGAAAGGAAAUACUCUACAGGACAAACCUAUCACAGUCAUGAAGUAUUAAGUGCCUUUCAUCCCACAGAGCUCAGACCCGUGGAACAACAAACAUGCUGCAACCAAGAUAAGGAUGAAGCAGAUCUGGACCACAGCUGCUGUUACAGGAUCAGGGCUUCUGAGACAGUGGCACAUAAACCCAAGGCCUAUUUUGUAAGUGAAGACUGCAGGACGUUGCCCCACAGACAUAGGCAGCCUUGUGAUCACUGUUUACACACUAGAAACUCAGAUUUUUAUCCCACGCCUGUUGCAGUUUAUGAGGAAUGUGCCUCCCAUCAUGUCUACAACCCGGCAAGGAAGCCUUUGUUUGAGACAUUUCCUGUGGAGGAACAGGAGCAAACAAAAAUCAACAGGAAGGCGAGUCUGACAGAGAGUGUUUUCAGAGACUUCCAGUGCUGCAGGAACAGUUGCCAGCUUGGAGAUGCUGUUCGACAGCCUCAGGACACCUUUGAGAACAGGUGGAUUCACCACCGGGCAGCAUCAUCUUAUGACCUCUCCCAAGACCAGCACAGCACCAGCUGGACCACCACUCCCCUGGAAGGACACUCGGAAGGCUUUGUCAAGUACCCCCAAAGAGGAAGGGCCUUGUCCGAGAGCAACAUCCGGGUGGACCUGCAGCGGCUGCAACGGCUGCACAUGAGGGAGUUUGGAGGGCCACCGGCGCUGUGCGAGCUGGAGGAGCCUAGGCCUAGGGAAGAGGAGGCUGGCAAGAAGAAGGGGCCACCACCUCCCAGGCCGCCACCCCCAAACUGGGAGAAAUACAAGCACAGGAGAGCAUCCCAUAGUGCCCUCUGCAGCCUGCCGACUUCCCAGCGCGCACCGCCACUCGGGUAUAACAGCAGCCCUUCGGAUUCCUCUCCUCCACCCUGCAACCUUGAGACAUCCAGACAGCGCUCGAGAAGCCUCCCUUUGAGAGAGCCACCAGAGAACUACCUGAGGUGCUUCCACGAGCCACAUGGGCUGCUCCCAGCCAAUCACAGAUCUGCCCUUGUGCCCAAAACCUGCAACCAACUCUGCUGCGCAGGCAGGCAAGACAGCAGCUGCGAGCUUCAUGGUGACCCUGUGCCACCCAGGAUUCCAGACGCACUCGCUGUGCCAGCAGCGGCUGGCUUGCGGUCGAGGAGAUCAGAAACAUCAGUGGACAAAGAAGCAAUGGGGGUGCCAAUGUACACACACCAGAAGGUCAUGUGCCAUGAGAAGAGGUCUGUCUACGGUAACCUGCUCUGCUUCAGCAUCAAGCCUGAGAAGGGCUCUGAAGGACUGGUUGAGUCCUAUUUUGCCAUGAACUACGAACAAAACGGAGACCUCUGUAGGAGACCAGAGGAGUUUAAAAAGGCAGCUCCAACAACUACUCGAAGCAUUCUCAUUCAACCUGAAGAAAAUAUUUUAGAAACUAACAUAGACGAAUAUAGACAGGAAGAUGCCUUAAGUGAAGAUCUCCCGGCCUGCUAUCAAAGCCCCCAGGAGACUCCAACACACCUUGCUGUGAGUGUUCUAGAGACUGAUAUUGAUACCGUUCCUGAGGAGGAGGAAGAGCCUCCCCAGCUGGAAGUGGUGAAGGCAGCUCUGGUCAACCUGACUCCAGAGGAGCUCCUCAGGGACAUUGUGAGCACAGACAGCUCCCUCGCAGGCAUCCUGGACCCGUGCUCCAGAGUGACAGCCGCAGACCUCAUAGAGGAGAUCUUCCCCAGAAGCGAGGAGAAUAGGCCGGCUGAAAAGAGGAGGAACAAUCGAAACGUCCUGCAACUGAACGUGGACAUUCAGCCAGAGAGGUGUUCCUCGCUGGCCCCCUCCCCGACACCUGGCCCCUCGGUGAGCCCUACCUCCUGCUCCUCCUACUACAGCAUCUCCGCGGGCAAGGCAGAGCUGCUCAACAGGGUGAAGGAGCUGCCAGGCAUGGAGGAGGAGGAGGAAGAGGAUGAUGAGCUCGCCUUCAAGAAGCAACAGCUGAUUGACAGUUUGAGCAGGAAGCUGUCGGUGCUCCGCGAAGCCCAGCAGAGCCUCCUGGAGGACAUUGGUGCAAACUGCACCCUGGGGGAGGAGGUGGAGAGCCUGGUGCAAACCGUCUGCAAGCCGAACGAGCUGGACAAGUUCCGCAUGUUCAUUGGAGACCUGGAGAAGGUGGUGAGCCUGCUGCUGUCCCUGUCCGGCCGCCUGGCCAGGGUGGAGAACGCUCUGAGCGGCCUAGGCCUCGAGGCCAGCCAUGAUGAGAGGCUGGCCCUGACUGAAAAGAAGAAACAGCUGUCGGAGCAGCUCGGGGAGGCUCGGGAGCUGAAGGAGCAUGUGGACAGGCGGGAGCGCGUGGUGCUGGAGGUGCUGUCCCGAUACCUCACUGAGGAGCAGCUCCAGGACUACCGGCACUUUGUCAAGAUGAAGUCUGGGCUCAUCAUCGAGCAAAGACAGCUGGAGGAAAAGAUCCGGCUGGGGGAGGAGCAGCUCCGGUGCCUGCGUGAGAGCCUGGGCAUGGGCCUCGCACACUGCUGAACAAACUAACUAGAACCUGAGCAUGGGCCUCGUACACUGCUGAACAAACUACCAGGAGUCUGAGCAUGGGCCUCGCACACUGCUGAAUAAACUAACUAGAACCUGAGCAUGGGCCUCGCACACUGCUGAACAAACUAACUAGAACCUGAGCAUGGGCCUCGCACACUGCUGAACAAACUAACUAGAACCUGAGCAUGGGCCUCGCACACUGCUGAACAAACUACCAGGAGCCUGAGCAUGGGCCUCGUACACUGCUGAACAAACUACCAGGAGCCUGAGCAUGGGCCUCGCACACUGCUGAAUAAACUAACUAGAACCUGAGCAUGGGCCUCGUACACUGCUGAACAAACUACCAGGAGCCUGAGUAUGGGCCUCGCACACUGCUGAACAAACAACCAGGAACCUAGUUAUACUGGUCUAGAAUGAACCCAGUCUUUUUUUUUUUAAUGCUGUGCAGUGCAGUGCAGUGACCAGUAUUAGAGAAGUCCUACGUACACAUAAAUAAAAUAAAAUAUCAAUUUAUGUGUGAAUCCUAGUGAACUAGUGGAUCUUGAGUAGGAUUUGUAAGGCUUCUGACAGUUGCGAAAAUCUGAAAUUAUGCAAAAAGUACUUUUUUUUUAAUGCCAAAGAAAUAUCGCUAAAAGAAAUUCUUAUUGUCUUGCAAAGGCGAUUUAAAUAUUUUAUUUUAUUUUUAGGCAAUCAGCAAUGACAAACCGAGCAGUAUCGUACUUCUGAAGUCAUUGGAGAGCCAGACCAAACAGUUACAGUACUGGACCUUUUCUAAGCAAUGGUAAAGCAUUUGCAAAUUAUUAAUCUUUCUUACUAGUAUAUAGCUGUAAAGGCUUCCUGAAACCUAUAUACCGUAUACCGUGAAAGUUAUAUUGCACACUGUUAAUUGUUCUCUUGUUGCUUUCCAGCAGUAUGUAUUUAUAUCCUGAAAACAGUGCCUUGUUCAUGCCAAACAAAACUGAGAAUGGAAAACUGGAAAUUCUUAUGAAAUAUUUACUGCAGGAGAUUGUUAGGUACAUUUUGUAAAAAAAAAAAAAAAAACUAAAAUCUUUCAGUUUAAUUAAUUUGUGGUUUGCUGCAAUUCAGUUUUAUUUAAAUGAAGUAAAUCGUUUUGUACUUUAAUCUCGGGACCUCGUCAAAUAUAAUGAAACACUCAGGAGUCCGCAUGGAAGCAAAAUAUUACGGACAAUCCUACUGGAGUACAGGGAUCCUUUAUUCAUAUUUCAAUAUAUGUAUAUAUGCAUUGUAUCUAUAUGUGUUUCUAUAGAUAUAUAGGCUUCAUCCUGCCAGGCCUUCAGUUCACCUGCAAUUAGAGGACGAAAGGUUUUUGCAAAAUAAUUGUGUAAAAUAUAACACAGUACCAUAUAUAAUAAUAUUAUGAAAAUACUAGUGUAUCGCGUCUCUGUAAUGAGCACAUACACAUUUCUUUUCACAUUUUUUUUCAAAAAAGUUUUUGACUUAGCUUGCCAAAUAUCUUUUGGUUUUGUUUUCAUUUAAUUUUUUUUUUUUUAAUGGACUUUUUAAAUUGAUUUUAUAAACUGUCAAACGUAUGUAUAACUGUGAAUACGUAAUUUAUUUGAAACUACAGAUUGCCCAAGAUGAGUUAAUGACAUGCUUUGAAGGUCUUUGUCUGUGGGUGAUCUGUAUAAUAAUCUGAAUAUAUAUAUAUAUAUAUAUAUAUAUAUAUAUAUAUAUAUAUAUAUAUAUAUAUAUAUAUAAUUUCAGCUACCCUGUGUCAAGCUUAAAGGCUGGUGUCCUAUUGGUUUUUAUACCCUCCUAAAUUAAACCCAUAUAAUAUUCUGCCAAUAAUAGUAUUGAGCCAUAUCAUAUACCAUAUCAAUGUGUUGGUUUAUCUUGCAAGCAGUCAAACUGUCUGCUUUAUAUCAAAGUGUUUUGUUGGGGGGAAGGGGGGGGGGGGGGGUUGAUGAAGAGCGUUUUCUGUUAUUUGUAAAUGUACUUAAUAUGUAUCCAUUAACCUAGACGGUGCUUUAACAAAACAAAAAGGAUUAUUGAUUCAAGGACUUAAUCUGGACUGGUGAGCAAUUAAACUGUUAAUCACCUAAUAUUAUUUGUUUAUUUGGCAGACGCCUUUAUCCAAGGCGACUUACAGAGACUAGGGUGUGUGAACUAUGCAUGAGCUGCAGAGUCACUUACAACUACGUCUCACCCGAAAGACGGAGCACAAGGAGGUUAAGUGACUUGCUCAGGGUCACACAGUGAGUCAGUGGCUGAGCUGGGAUUUGAACCAGGGACCUCCUGGUUACAAGCCCUUUUCUUUAACCACUGGACCACACAGUACUUCUGCAUGUUUACUCCAUUUCAUAUCAUGGUAUUCGUGGUUCUUUCCAGUCUAAGAGGGAAGUGCCAUUCAUUCACUGUUCAGGGUUGGGUUAUACAGUUAGAACCCUAUUUGAUAUUGAAUUGUACACUCAAUACACAUCUAGCCUUAAUUAAAACACUACUACAGAGUUUAAUUUCACUGUAACUAUCUCUCUCCCUAUUUAACAUACUAAAUUCAAUUUAUAAUUUCUAUAAUACUAGAUGGUAGAGUGUUCCUGAAUGAGGGAGCAGCUAACUUAAAGGGUACAUAAGGACCUUUUUAUUUUAUUGUGUUACAUGUUCCCAUGUGUUGCUACAACUGUUUACAUAAGGUGCGUGUAUUGUUUAAUUUUUAUUUUUUUUUACAUUUUGACCACUUUUUUAAACUUUUAAAUUGCAUUCCCUGCCUCAAGAUGGCUUCCCAUGUACCCGCAUGGACCUCUCAGAACUACAUUCCCCAUCAUCCUCCUGCUCACUGGUGAAUCCAUCUCAGUUACAUAUGUGAGCAGGAGGGUGAUGCAAUUUAAAAGUUUUAAAAAAGUGUAACACAAUAAAAUAAAAAGGUCCUUAUGUACCCUUUAAUAAUGAGCCUUUACAAGCUUAUGGCUGACUUGAGUUACCGGGGGCAACGGUUUAUGUGUGAGGUCAGAAAGUUCACAUUAUUCAUCAUGUAGAUUUAUCAGAAAGCUAUUUAGUUUGAUAAGGUGCAAAAAUAGGGUUAUUGUGAAGUUGUGUAAAGACACCGCCCUCGUUGUAAUGCACAAUUGAAAUGGGCAGACUAAAGUAACCUGUUGACAUGCUGUUGGAGACAUUACACAGUUUGAGUAAUUUCUAUGAGCCUGUCAUUAUAACACUAAUAUUGUUGAGACACUAGUCAUUCAGUGAAACCAUCCGUGCUAGUGACAAUCAAACUGGAGAUGGAGGGAGUGAGGGAUCACAAAGUUAUCGGUAUAACCAUGUUUAUAUGUGUGUGCUAAAUGUUAAGUUUAUAUGGUUCUGACUUAACAGUGCUGUACAGUAGUUUCCUUCGUUGUCUUUAUAUAUGAUAAUGCCAAAGUUGUAUUUAAACAAUACUUCAGUUAUAACUAUAUCCUUUUUUUUAAUUAAGAAAUUUGUAGAGUGUGUAAAUUUGACAGUUCAUUUGAAUACUGUAUUUUGCAUUUUUUUGUAACCUGUACUCUCCUGCCAUAUAAAUGAUGUUAACAAA